ACGCGGAGAGAGAGAGAGAGAGAGAGUCGAAGGUUUAAAAAGCAACAGCGGAUGCCAGCAGAGCCGUUACGAAACGCCAGAGAGCGAUGUCUGUAAACAAUUUAUUUUUAAAUAAAUAAAUGAGAAGAAAUUAGAAAAACCGUCGUAUUGAAUUUGAAUUGGUUGGCUGGCCAAUUCUGAAUUCGGUUUUUUCUGAUUGAAUUUCAGGAUAUUUUAAUUGCUUACAUUGCAACUCUUCUUUGGUGAUCUACAGCAGAUUGGAUUGAUGUGCAAUGCAGAGAUCUCGUAGGGAUCUUCUACAAAGAAGAUCUUUGGAGAAAUCAAUCUGGGGGAAAAAUAUUUUAUCCAGUGUUUCUCUACUGGUUCUUGUUCUAUGGGGAUUUGUCUUUCUUUUAAAUUUGUGGAUUGGCCAUGGGGGCAUUGACAAAGAUGGAUGUGGAGGAUAUCACUUUAGUACUCAGCAUUGGGAUGAAUAUGAACUUAUGUUCGACAGAGGAAUUCAUUCUAAUCCAUCAGAGAGAAUCAACUCUGAAGAGACAGACAAUGCUUCACUUGAAGAUGCCAAAGAAACUCGGGACAUUCCCAGUGAACCACUGGAGUCUUCAAAGAACUUAACUUCAGCCCCCGCCAUUGAAGAGCAAGCUGACAUGGGGAAAUCAGGUUCAACUGGAAAUUCAGAAAAGGAUUUCAAGUCUGAUAGAUUUUCUCAGUCGAUCUCUUUAAGUCUUGGUGAGUUCAGGAACAAAGCAUUGAAUACAAAAGUACAAGAUCUAAAUGAUCAGGCUGGUAGCAUUACUCAUAGGGUGGAACCAGGAGGGGCAGAGUACAAUUACGCUUCUGCUUCCAAAGGGGCCAAGGUCGUGGCUCACAACAAAGAAGCCAAAGGUGCUUCCAACAUAUUGAGCAGAGAUAAGGACAAAUACCUUAGAAAUCCUUGCUCUGCUGAGGAAAAAUAUGUUGUGAUUGAACUCUCAGAAGAAACUUUAGUGGACACAGUUGAAAUAGGAAAUUUUGAACACUACUCAUCCACUCUGAAGGAUUUUGAACUCCUCGGUAGUCCUGUUUAUCCAACUGAUACCUGGGUCAAACUUGGUAAUUUUACUGCUGGGAAUGUCAAACAUGCUCAAAGGUUUGUACUUCCAGAGCCAAAAUGGGUGAGGUAUAUGAAACUGAAUCUUCUUAAUCAUUAUGGCUCAGAGUUCUACUGUACAUUAAGUGUUCUGGAAGUGUAUGGAGUUGAUGCUGUAGAGAAGAUGCUUGAGGAUCUUAUCUCUGUUCCGGAGAAGAAGUUUGCAUCAGAUCAAAGAAACAGUGAGCAGAAACCUAUGACCACCCAGCACUCAUUGGCUGAAGAUGGUCAUAAUUCAGAAACUGACCCGGAACUUGAACACUCUGAUGUCAAGCAUGAAGUGAUGACAGCUAGCGUGCCUGAUGAGGAAAUUCACCAUCUGCAAGUAAACCGGAUGCCUGGAGAUAGUGUUCUGACAAUUCUAAUGAAAAAAGUUCAAUCCCUUGAUAUCAAUUUAUCUGUCCUAGAGCGGUAUCUGGAAGAGCUGAAUUCUAGAUAUGGAAAGAUUUUUACAGAAUUUGACAAAGAAAUAUUAGACAAAGACUCCCUUUUCGAGAAGAUCACAUCAGACAUAAAGAGUUUAUCCAAGAGCAGGGAUGUCAUGAGUAAGGAGGUCAAUGAUCUCAUAUCUUGGAAGUCCCUUAUUUCCAUGCAGCUGGAGCAGAUAAUAAUUGAAAAUUCUAAUCUCAGGUUGAAGGUGGAAGAGGUUCAGCAGAGACAAGUAUAUAUGGAAAGUAAAGGAAUUAUCAUUUUUCUAGUAUGUUUAAUAUUUGGAAUGUUAGCAGUUUUGAGGGUGUUUAUAGAUUUAGUGUUGAGCAUUUUUAGGUCUGAGAAUUCCAGGAAAUUUUGGUCUAAGGAUUCUUCCUGGAUUUUUUUACUGUCAAGCUGUAGCAUCACUAUUAUCAUCCUGGCCUUAUAAUUGAGUUUAUGGUUUAUACAUUUUCCUUCAACUUCUUAUUGAUCAAA